AUGAUUCAUUACAUCGCAGUAAACACACACUUCCUUAAAUACGCAUAAAAAGAAAAAAUUAGAAAAUUAGGAGAAUGUUAAGAUUAUCCUUAUCCCAAAAACAAGGUCGAUUUCGAAUAUAAUAUAGACUUUAAUAACAAUAAAAAUAAAUAAAUUUAAAAUGUAUGUGAUUAUGAGAAAAAUUAUUAAAAAAAUAAUCUCGUUAAUUCUUCUUCGGUUCCUUUUAAUUUCAUUUCUUCCAGUGAAAUUCCAAACCCUUUAACUAUUCAUGAUUUGAGACAUAAAGAUGAAAAAGUGUGCAAUAUGACUAAAUAAAUUGGAUCAAUAUAUGAUUAUGGAAGACUUUUUGCGCCAAACUUUAAUCCAGAGUAUUAAUAAUAUUAUAAAAAUAGUAGAAAUGCUUUCAAUAGAAAUAAAGGAAUGUGUGCUGAUACUUAUAAUAGAGCUCAUACUUAUGGACCAGGAUUAAAACCAUUUAGAAAGUUUAAAUGA